UCUCUCUCUCUCUCUCUUUGUGUUUGCUGUGACUGUGAGCAGUGAGCAGUGAGCAGUGAGCUUUGGCCUUUCAGAUCCAUCCAAGCUUUUCAAUUUGCACUGAAAUUGGUGAAAUAUCCAUAGAAAAUCAAUUCAGAAGUUUGGAUAAUUCUAUAUCACAGAGAAGAGAAACAAUAUGCCUUGGUUGAGUCUGUCAGUCGACGUGUAUCGGAAAGUUGUGCACUUGAACUUAUAUUGCAGGGUUAUUCUGUAAAUUGUUCUGCAUUCCACUGAACUUUAAGUUCUUCAUCCUUUCGUCGAUUUUCAUUCAACUUUCCAUGGGAUCAAAUAAGUUUUUUCUCACUUCUCUUGAUAUUUAUAGGAUCAUCUGAAGCUAGAAAGCAAAACCUUGUUUGUCUCAAAGUUCAAACCCCUUUUAGUUUCUUUUAUAUUAUCCUCGCAGUAUAGCUCUCAUCAGUUGUUGAUCAUCAUAUCUAGCUUGGCCUUUAUUGUUCUUCUCUAUUACCAGUUAUUCAAUUUGUUUCUUACUCUCUAGUAAAGUAGAUUCCUCCAUUGCUGAUUUUAAUAUCUGGCUUAGUUGUGUACACAUUCUGCAAAUCGGGUAUCUGUUUAGUCUUCCCUCCAGUAUUCUUUUAGAUUGAGUAGUUUCAUCAAGGUUCAAGUGUAGUUAUGGUGUGCCAAGGAGCAAGCCAAACAAGAUUUCGGGCAUUGAAACAUGAAAAUGGGAUCGCAGGAAGACCAACAAUAAUAGUUAGAGUGAUUGCGUGCUUUCAACCUUUGCAGGAUUGCCAGGCUGAGUACUUUCGACAUCUGCUUAAGCCUGUUACGUAGAUUUAUUCAGGUUUUCAGUCAUUUUACCAAGCCGCAAGUUGUAGUAUUCUGUUCCUUUUUGUUUUCCAUUCUUGAAACGACCCAGAAAGUAAUUGAACAUUACAGGUCAAAGCACCAUCUAUCUCCUGUCAGGUGAUCUUUUUGGUUGGAUGGUUAAGGCAAACAACUCUUGGCUUUUCCCAGAGCAGAAUUCUGCUUGGCAACUGCCUAAUUUGAAUCAUAUGAGCAUGUUGCUUGAGCCCAAGCAACAGAAAUGUUUACCAUCAUCUACAAAUCAGGGCAUUUGCCCAUUUUCUGGACAUAUGGCAUUGCCAGGGUCUACAGUUUCUGGUGUUCAGGGUGUUAUGGCGAAGCAAACAAAUGAAGUUCAUGGGGUGCUUCAACAUUUACCUCCUUAUUUUCAGACCCUAUUUCCUCCACCAAAUUCUUAUCUUAAUGAAAAGCAGUCAGCAUUUUCUUGUGGAUUUGGUGGUCGCAUGGCUGUGCCAAAUGCAAAUCCAGGGUCUUCCCAGAAGGGAUUCUUCAUUUUUGAUCAGUCUGGGAAUGAAACAAAGCUAAUAUAUAAUUCUGAUUGCCCUCCUAGCCAGGAUCCACCCUUUGCCAGUAAAAAGUUCGUUUAUGGUUAUGGUUCACAUGAAGCAGGACUAACAACCAGCAUGGACCAAAUUCGUCCAACCGAGUACCUCUUGCAUGAAGAGAUCGGUGAGAAUCACAUUAUUGAAGAGAGUGAGAUGCAUGAAGACACAGAAGAAAUCAAUGCAUUGCUUUACUCUGAUGAUUAUGAUGAUGAAGAUAAUAAUGAUGAUGAUGACGGAGACAAUAAUGACAGUGAUUGUGGUGAGGAUGAUGAAGUAAAAAGCACGGGUCAUUCUCCAAUAGAUCUUCAAGUGAGUUAUGGAAAGAAAGAACAUGUGGAGGAAUUAACAGAGAAGGUCAUCAGUUCUGAUGCUUCAAACAAAAGGCAUAAAUUGCUCAAUGGUGGUUACAGGCAAUUAUCACCAAUGGAGACUGUUAUUAAUUCGAUACAACCGUAUGGAUCUCACGGGCACGGGAACAAUAUGGAAUCGAGCUACGGACUUGGCCAGACCCAAGGAGACGAAAUACAUUCUACUGUGGGUAAGAUGAAGUCCAAAAAAGACACAAUUCGUGAGACAAUUAGAGUUCUUGAGAGUGUGAUUCCUGGUACUAAGGGCAAGGACCCAGUGUUCAUCAUGGACAAAGCCAUAGAAUACUUGAAGUCUAUGAAGCUUGCAGCCGAAACUCUGGGAGUGAGCUUCCAUGAAGCAGCUGCGUUCCUUCCAAGCUAAGGGAAAAGGUGGCAAGGGAAGCCCCAGAAUUCCAGGCUUGAAUGAUUGGUGAAUUUGAAAUCGGCAAGGUAGCUUUGGUUUUGUGGGGCCCUUUCUCUGCCUUUUGGUUUCUCUUUAUAAAUAGCCGUGUAUAUAAUGGGCCAAUAAAGGAGGCAAAGCAUUGGGAUGAUAUUGCACGCUGGAGAUGAUCAAAGAAGGGUUAUGUUUGUUGACCAGAAAUCAUUAUCUUUUUGCUUUUUGGGUGUUUAAAGAUUAAGGAAAGUCACCAAAGACUUAAACGCAUGGGAGAUUUUAGUGGUGGGCUGUGCUGUAAAAUGAAGACCCCUGUGGAUUUAGUGCAUGCGCGUUAGGUAUAUCGGGCCCUACCUUUACCCCUUCUUUUCUUGUUGAUUUUAUUCUCUUGUGCUUUGCUUUCUCUCUCUAUUUUACCUCUCUCAGUCCCAUCAUGUUGGUAUAAGUUCUAAAGGUGAGAAAGUUUCUGGUGUGGUGGUGCUGAGUUGAGGUGGGGCCCUUUCUUCUGAUCAAAUAAUGCAGCAGCAGCAAAAGGUUAGAUUGUUUUACAUGUGGGUGUGGAAAGUAAUUGUUGUUGUUGUACAGUGAAAUGUAUGGGCUUGUGGUUAGGGAGAUCUCUAGUUUGAAUGUGGAGAUUUGCUUCUGCAGUGUGGUGCUUUUUCUGAGUUUGUCAGUAUUGUGUGCGAGAAUAAAUAAUUGGGGUGUGGAGGGAUAUGAUGGUGGUGGUGGUGGUACGUACUGCACACCUUAGCUGUAUUGUGGUUUGGAUGUGUCUUUUUAUGUAUGCUUGUAUGUGUAUUUGUGAGAGAUGAGAAUAAUGUACUGGGAUUCCUCUGUUUUUUGAGUUAUCCUGUGAUUUUUAUAAUGUGGGGGACAA